AUGGCGACUGACGUCCUCAGCUCAGGCGCGUCUGGCGAGCUCCUCUCCGAGGGCGGCAUCAGUCAGGUGGUGCCGCUCCCCGACAUCCGCGGGCAGCACUACAACAACAGCCCCGGCAAACACGCCUCCAUUGAAAGGUGCAUCUACAGCUGCAGCUACAGCCGCCGCAAGAGCACCGAAGAUCAGGCGGCCACCCGAGUCCCCGCUUCCUCAGCGCCAACCAUGGAGGGACAUCGCCACACGCCAGGGUGCCGCCGGCACGGCGGUCGUCGCGGCGCGCUGCCUGGAUUGCCAUGUGCUGGUGCUGGUGUGUGCAGUGGCGGCGGCGCCGCGACCUCCAGGAGCAAGUCCCCCGGGUCGGAGUUGCCCAUUCCGCUCUCACGUCGCUCCACAUCAGCAGCAUACGCAUCAUCUGCUGCUGCGGCCGCCGCCGCGGCCGCCGCCGCGGCAGCUGCCGCCGCCGCCGCCGCAGGCGGCGGCGCCGGCGGCCCCGUCACCCCCGGCCUCAGCGCCUCGUUGCCCUCCGCCCCCGGCAGCGCCCUGCUCCCCGUCCCAUCCCCCGGCCCCGUGGCGGAGAUGUCUCCACUGAGGGCCCCCGUGGGUAACGGUGCCGUACGGCCCGUAUACACCAAAUACACAUGGGAACCGGAGUACCAGAGGGCCCUAUUGGAUGCGGCACUGAGGUUGCCGCCGGAGGCAGUUCCCGCGGGGUUCAUGGCCACAUUAUCCAGUGCCGUACCUCCCCCCGCUGAGGCGCCCGUACUUGAGCCCGACCCGGCGGCGCUCAGGUGGUUCAAGAGCACCUACCCGGAGGCCAUUUCGACCGGCAGGAGGGACGCACUGGCUGUGCGUCCCCAUGCCGUCCAGAGCCACCCCCCCUACCACCCCUCCGGACAGCCGGUGCUGCUGCACCCCUACACCGCCAGCCAGAGCCCCGUGGCGCCCUUCACCGGUGCCGAGUCGCUGCUGCUGCUCCGAGACCCCGAGGGCUACCUGGACGGGGCGGUGGUGAAGCACCAAGAGAUACUGCUCAGUCGCUGUGUGGAGGAGUUGGCGGGGCAGGCCGCCACAUUAUGUGUGGAGCGGGGGUACCUCAUGGCGCUGAUCUGGGAGGCAUUACGUCACGUGCUGUACGUGCUGCUGGCGGACCGUGACGCGGCGCGGAAUACGGCACUGGCGGCCCGGCGCGCGGCGGCGCAGGCGGCGGCUGAGAAGGCUGAUGCGCUGGCCCGUGCGGAGGCCGGCAAGGAGGAGAUGCUCCACAUGAACGACCUGCUCAAUCGGCGGUUGCUGGCGUCGAAGAUGGAGGUGGAGCAUAUGCGGGCAAGGCAUUUGGAUGUUGAAAUGGAGCUGGCCCGGCUACGAGCUGCUCAGCCCGACGAGCUGAGGAAGGAGCUGGACGCGCUCAAAGUGCAGAUGAGCAUGUUGGAGCGACAGCUGGCGGGUACUCAAGCGCGACUGGAGAGCUGCCAAUCCAGUUUAGCGGAAAGAGACAAGGAACUGGCGGCAGCGGUGGCGAGGGUCCAGGGCACUGCCGAGGAGCUCGCCACCAUGCGAGAGGAGUUCGGGUCCCGCAGCCCGCGCCCCGCCCAGCCCCGCAACCCCCCCUGGGAGCUCAUGGAGCUGGACGAGGCGGCCCUCACGCUGACGGGGCUCAGGGCGGGGGUGCCGGCGCAGGAUAUGCACCGUUUGCUUCUCGGUGUAUCCCCCACGGGCGGCAACGUGUUGCCUUGGUGCCACCUGCUGGGGGCGUGUCGCCACAUCGACCCAUCCGGCCCGCCGCCGAACAGCGGACUGGGCCCCGAAACCAGCUCCGUGAACCUGGGCUCGGGGCCGCUGGGCUCCCUGGCGCCGGAGGGGGUGGAGGGGGCCGCGGCGGACAACAGCAGCCCGCAGAGGGGCCGGCUCAAGUCGGCGAAGCCAGCCCUUCAUGGGUUCCCUGGAGCAGCCAACCACGGACCAGGACACGGACCGGACGGCGCCUCCGGGGACGUAUCCGGCCCCAGCUCCAGGGUUAACACCGCCGUCGGCGCUCAGAGGCGGUUCACACGCGCCAUGUCGCACCGCCACAAUAACGCUGACGGGGGCGGCGCGCUGGCGGCGGGCGGCGCCGGCGGCGGCGCCAACGGUCCCAACGGAGCCAACCUGUCGCGUCGUACGGCAUUGAUGUCGGUGUUGCCGGUGGCUGGACUGCCGGACAUUCGAGAGCAGCACCAGUGGUUGUACGGCUUGCUGACGAGGCCUGACGCGGCGACGGCGCUGUCGAAAUGGUUAUCGGAGGAGGCGGUUGAGGCGGUUGGUCAGAUGGCGAACCACUCCAUCGACCCGCACUCCAUUGCCUGUCUGCUGCUCGGCACGUUCAGCAUCGCCGGGCCGGACACCGUGCCGUACAAGUCCCUGGCCGGUAUCCUGGCCACCCGCUUCCGCCACACCGCCGCGGAUAUCGGCGGCAGCAUCACGGAGGCGCUCGAACUGGCGGCCAUGAGCACACGGGACCGGGUGGAGCGGCUGCAGGACGUCAACAACACCCUGCGAAAGCAGGUCAACAAGUUGAAGCGCAACCUUAACGACCUGCGCAAGGUGGAGCGCGAAGGCCGCAUGCACGACCUGCGCAGUGUGGCUCGUACAGUGCAGGGCCGCAAACCCUCCGUACUGCACGGCUUCGUACUGCAGAAGCGACCUGAAUACUUCUCUGGGUUGGGGCUGGGCGAAGAGGUGCCGGGGGUGCUGCAGGCGGAAGGAAAGNCCAUCNAGGACCACGUGCUGGACUGGGCCGAGGCGGGCAGCUUCACCACCAUAGGGCCCACUGCGCUGCGUAACGCCAUGCUGAAGGCACAACCCGACACGGACGUGGGAACACAGAGGGAGAUGCUGCGGCGUGUGUUUGGGCCGGCGGGGGCGGCGGUGGCGCAGCCGCCCGGCGAGAAGCCCGUCCGCGGCUCCCGGGCCUCCAAGACCAAGGACGAGGUGGCCCUGGCCCAACCUCUGGAGGUGGCCCUGCGCAAGUUGCGGCAGGAGCGGCCGGAGGGUAUGGUGGGGGUGACACAGGCCAUGGAGAUGUUGUCGGCGGCCCGGGCGCUCAAGGGCGGAGGGGGGACACGGAGCAGCUCACCGCGGCGGGAGAGGAGCUCGAUGGGCGGGUUGCUGUCCGGGGGGGUCAGCGGGGAACGCAGCUCCGGAACCGAUAUGGGUCCCGGCGAGCCGUCGUACUUGGAUGGCGGGGGAGGAGGAAGGCGGGAGGGCAGCGGUGUGGUGUGGGCGGAUUCGGAGCCUAGUUUGGUAAUGGAGGCAUCGCGGCCGUUGCGGGGUGUGGAGUUUGAGGCGGGGGUUGGGGGCGGAGGGGGGCCCCCCGGGGGGCUGAGCGGGGAGUUGUCUACGCAGGGGAGCACCCCUGGAGUCGUGGGGUGA